GUCAACAUGGCGGAUGAUGGAUCAGUUUUUCAGAAUUCUUCUCAUCAAAAACAAGGCUACAACAAGAAUGCAGACGACCAGUGGGGGGCAGUUUACAAGCAGCAGUCAUCAUGGAGCAAAGUGGACGAGACAGACAACACUCACGACCAGUUGACCUACACAGAGGCUGCUCUCACGGAGCGGGGAACAAAACGACGGUCAAAAGAGCAUGAGGAGGAUCAGCCAGAGAAGAAGAAAGCAUCAGUCGGCUUUUCCAUUGGGCAGAAGCCAUCGAAUUUGAAUGUGUCAUCUGGAGCAACCAGUGGGGGAUCGUUGUCGUUAAUGGUUAAAAAGUCACCAGUGACUCCAGUGUCCCCAAUCAAAAUGUCACUGGGAACUCAGAAACCAAAGAGUGAGCCAGUCCCUCUCAAGAAGAAGUCAAGUGCUGCGGUAGCUCAAGCCUUUGCUGAAUCAUCUGAUGAAAGUGACCCAGAAGAAAUGCCACCAGAGGCCAAAAUGAGGAUGCGGAAUAUAGGAAGAGACACACCGACCGCGGCUGGACCGAACUCUUACGGCAAGGGCAGGCUUGGUUUCUGUGACAGACAGAAGAUAAUAGAACGACAACUGAAGAAGGUUGUCGACAAGUGAUGUUUGAGUUUUUAGAUUCUAACAUUAGUUUAAAUUAUUCAUUGAACAUUUUACUGCCAUUAUAUUGUAAAUAUAGUUCAGUCUGUUCUCAUUGAAUGAGAUUUUGAAUGGUUUCCUUAGCAAUGGUGUGUGUGUUGCCUGGCAACAAUACUCCCAACUUAGUUGUUGCUAAGCAACUAUAAGUGUGCAUUUUGGUGGUAAUCUUGGUAACAUGUAACUGGUGCUUGGCAACACACAGAUUGUUGCUGCUGUCUGCAGUUCAGGCUGGCUUAUGGUACAGGGUAACAUUUGUCGGAGUUGAGAAGUCAUUUCAAGACAGCAUCUGGUUAGAAUAAUUGGAUAAUGCCCAUCAAUCAAUCUUACCUAUGGUAGGUCUCUCAUAGGCCUAUUUGGUAACCAUUGAACCAAACAUUUCUGUGCGGUUUUCUUGUGAAUUAGAAUGAAGUUUCAUUUGUUGUGUUUUAUAUUAUAUUCCUAUUAGAAUGGAUUGAGAUCUUUUUAUUGUGAAUGUUUCCACGAACGGAUAGACAGAAACCAAGUUGGCAUACCUUGCGCACAUCGUGGUUGGUAUCGUACAAGCUUGGCCUUGACAUCAAGCAGUGGUACUACAGUGCAACUUCUACAUAACAAACCCCUCCGUUACAUUUUGCUUGGAUCUCUAGGAGUUUGUUAUGGCGAGAGUGUACUGUGCAUGCACCAGCUUCUUGGCGCUGUGACAAUUCUUGAUGAUGCGACAUAAUAGCCUGAGAUGCAGUAUCUGUUUGUAAAACAGCCUGGAUGCCACAGAUCAUGAUAAAAUCAUGCAGCUUGGCUUUUGUUUUCAUGCAUGCAGUUCUUUUAUGAUUAGUUCAGAGGUUAAAAUGUGCAUAAUUUCUUCAUAUGGGUAACAAAAUACCAGAAGUUUACAGUUAUAUAUGCUAGUAUUAUGAUAUUUAAUGUUGGAUAUGUUAUCUCCUCUGCUUUUCUCGCAGUGAAAUCAUUGAUGUUAUGUAUUAUGAAGGACUGCCAAUAUUGGGUGAAUUGUGGCAUAAUGUAGAAAGACCAGGAGACUCCGGGGAAACCUACGUUGUCAAGAGGGAGCUGACCUCUGUUGAUGUGGCUCAUUCAAUCGACUAGGUGGCGCGGCCCUCAUGUAGCUUUUCAGGCCUCAUGAGGAGAUCAGUUUUAAUACCAGAAAAACAAAGCAAUGAAAAUAACACUGGGAAAAACCAAUCACGUCUUGCAAGAUUCAAUGUCUUUGCUGGCUCAGUACCACAAGGUCAUCAGCCGUUGGAAUUGUCAAUGUAAUAUUCGCACUGGCCUUGAGAAGGUACAUGCCUGACUGCGCCAUCUGUAAAGAUUAAUCGAAAGUCUGCCACCCCAUUGAGGAAAUGCACCGAAUCAGACCUGAACCCACGACCGGCACCGAUAUUACUUUUCAAAAUCAGAGUUGUUGCUUUGCCACUCUUGACAGCCCAUCUAUGCAGGUUGUACAUAACUAUGUAUACAUUAGUGAUCAACUGGAUGCAGUCACAAUCAAGACCCUUGAAAUGAAAGUGUCACAUACACUAUUGUACUAUUCAGUCAUUUUAUCUAUUCUUCGUUCUGAAUCUCAUUGGAGUGCGACAAGAUUGAUUGUUGUAAAU